GGACAUUUUAACUGACUAUUCGACUUACGAACCUCUCUAUUGCUAUUUCUACAAACCGGAUCUGUAGGAGACGUCAGAGAGAUGAAGACCCAGGAGACCCUCCACGUAGCCACACCGGCCAGGGAGAGCCUGGCCCUCACCAAGCUGGCAGGCACCUCCGUCUACCUGAAGCUGGAUUCCUCCCAGCCCACCGGCUCCUUCAAGAUCCGGGGCAUCGGCCACCUUUGCAAGACCUGGGCUGAAAGAGGCUGCGAAAGAUUCGUCUGUUGUUCAGGUGGAAACGCUGGAAUGGCAGCGGCCUAUUCCGCCCGGAAACUAGGAGUACCUGCCACCAUCGUGGUCCCCAGUGUCACCCCCAACGCCACGGUGGACAGGCUGAAGGAUGAGGGCGCCAACGUCAUCAUCCAUGGCAAGGCGCUGAAUGAGAGUAUUGAGUAUGGACAGCAGCUAGUGGCAAAUAACCCUGCCUGGAUCUUCAUCUCUCCCUUCGACGACCCUCUAAUCUGGGAGGGUCACACUUCCCUGGUGGAGGAGUUGGAGUCGCAGCUGCAGGUGAAGCCGGGGGCGGUGGUGCUCUCCGUGGGGGGUGGGGGCCUCCUGAACGGGGUGGUGGAAGGCCUGCGUCGCGCCGGCUGGGAAGACGUCCCCAUCGUCGCCAUGGAGACCGUGGGCGCGCACAGCCUCAACGCUGCCAUGAAGGCCGGGAAGCUGGUCACCCUGCCCGAGAUCACCAGUAUCGCCACGACGUUGGGCCUCACGAGAGUGUCAGCGCAGACCCUGAAACUCGUCGGCGAGCACACGGUGUUCUCCGAGCUCGUGACAGACCAGGAGGCCGUGAAAGCCGUCGAACGCUUCGUCGAUGACGAGAAGAUCCUGGUGGAGCCAGCGUGCGGUGCGGCCCUGGCGGCCGUGUACUGCGACAUCGUCGGUCGCCUGCAGAAGGAGGGCAAGCUGGCGAAGGAACUGGGGCCUGUGGUGGUCGUGGUGUGCGGUGGCAACAACAUCAGCAUCGAUCAGUUAUGGAGGCUCAAGAAACAGCUGGGCAUUUCUUCCUAGACGGUGGCCCGAACGACCUCAUACUUCUGUAUUUCAAACCGACACUCCAUUCCGCUCUCGCGCCGGUGCUCCCACACAGCCAGGCCCAGCUACGCGCUGUCUGUGAAGGUCAGCGAGAGCAACGACAAACCCCAAAUCAUUCCAGACUUCACCCGCAUGCGCCUCGACUUAUGGUUGUCUCGCGGAGUCUUUGAAGGACUAACUGGAUGAGGAUUGUGUGAACCCUUGGCACGAUCGAGGGAUUGAUCUGUCUAAAUGUAGAUACUGCUCUGGCAGUGGUUGUAGUUUUUUUUUAAAAAUGAUAUCCUCUUGAAUCAUUAUGGUGUAGGUAGAAAACCAUAUAGAGGUGUACAAUUAUUUGUUGGCAUGUUCUAUGUUGAUGUAAAAUAUACUAUUUGUUGCACUUUCUUCAUCCACUUUUGUACUGUAUUUAAGUUGAAUAAAUUAUAUUUCUU